AUGGACUCCUGGCUUGCGGCCUUCAAUCGCUUCACCUCGGCAUGCUUCUGCGAUACCGCCCAUCCGGAAGGAUACGCGCGGGAAGGCGAGUUCGUGCUUUCGAGCGCGGCGGGCAUCAAAAGCUUGCCCCCGGAGAUCUUGAUGCACGUCUCGCCGCACCUCUCGGCUUUCCAGCGUUUGCUGAAGCUCCCUCACGACAGGCUCCACAAGAUCAGCAAGGUGGAUAUGACACGCUCUGCAGAGCAAUGGGCGGAGGUCGCUGAGGCCAAGGCUCAAAGCACUUGGCACGGCGUGACCAAGCUGCGUUUCACCGAAAACAUGCCGGGUGAGCCUGUAUCCUACGUCAAGACGGGCUCCAUCUUGGACGGAUGGAAGGAGUACUUCCUCCUGACGCGAUACGUCCUGUCCCCCGAUCCCGUGCCAGAUCGGAUGGACGACAUCCUGUUUGCACGAGCGCACUGA